AUGGAAAACUUCAGAGUCUUGGCGGUCGUCGUCGUUGUCGUCCUUGCGGCAGGUAUCCAUCGCCUGCUGCAAAUCGGUAGACGUGAUCCUCGAAUGCCUCCAGGGCCUCCGACCCUUCCAAUCCUCGGCAACUUUCAUCAAAUUCCCUCGAGCGGGCUGUAUGCAAAGUUUCGGGAAUGGGCUAAGGAAUACGGCUCAGUUUACUCUCUCAAAUUCGGUCCAAGCAACAUUAUUGUGCUCUGUGACCGUAAAGCCAUCCAUGCUCUCCUAGACAAGAAAGGCGCUAUAUAUUCGGAUCGGCCUCCAAGUUAUGUGGGCAGAUUGUUGACUCAAGGCGACCAUAUCGCCUUGGAGCAAAUGGAUUCCACCUGGCGCGAGAAGCGGAAGGUCAUCUCGCAUAACUUUUCGCCUAAGAACUUAGACGAAAAACACUUUUUGGUACAAGAGGCAGAAGCAACUGUUUUACUCAACGAUCUGUUAAACACGCCCGACUCGUUCUUCAACCAUAUCCGGAGAUAUACUGCAUCAUCUGCAUCCGUCCUUGCGUUUGGACACCGUGGACCAACGUUCGAUUCCUUUUGGGGCCAUAUCGUCUACGAUGUUAUGGACACCUGGACCAAGGCAAUGGAAGCCGGCGCUAAUCCCCCUGUUGACGAAUACCCAAUCUUGAAGCUGAUCCCGAUGAAAUUUGCUCACUGGAAACGACGCGCAGUGGCAGCAGGUCAAAUCUUCGACACCGCGUGGGGUAAGGCUCGUCGUAUUGUCGACGACCGUCGCGCAAAGGGAGACAAUCGUGAUUGUAUCAUGGAUCACUUGUUGGACGAAUACAAUAAGAAAGGAUGGCCUAUGACGCAGCAUGCAUUUAAUAAUUUGGUGGGAGAAGUGGUUGAGGGGGCCGCUGACACUACUGCUGCUCAAAUUCUGACUCUAAUUCUGGCGUUUGCUAAGUAUCCCGAGGUCCAAAAGAGGGCCCGCGAAGAAAUUGACAAGAUCUGCCCACCAACUCGGGCUCCACAGUUUUCUGAUUUUAAGGAUAUUCCUUAUAUUAACUAA